CUUCGUUUUUCACAUGCUCCCGAGUGCUCUCUACGCAAAGCUCGCGUUUUCACAUGAACCUGAAACGGGUAAAAUCGUUAAAGCACAAGAGUUUUACCCGGGAGAGCAGCACGCGUUUAUAAACGAAGGCAGCAGCCACUGUGUUCCCUCACUGAACACAACAAUGUCACCGCUGGCCAAUCGCAACGUAAUACUCCCGGCACUCGUCCUCGUCGUGCUCACAAUCUCUGGUAUAGGAUUGCAGCAGAGAACUGAUGCAGCCGGGCGGUACCACAUACGUCUCGUCAACAACUGUGGCUUUUCGGUCUGGCCUGCGUGGUUCCACUCGGGGAACCAAAGCCAGAUAUGUCCCGGAGGCACUUUGCUCGAGCCAACGCAGGAGUAUAGCUUCUUCCCGUCGGCUCUCUGGUCCGGCUACUUCUGGGCCCGAACUGGCUGCUCCUUCAACAAAACCACAGGGCACGGACCCUGCGACACCGGCGGCUGCAACGAGAGCCUGGGGUGCAAAGCUCCCGGAAAGUCACCCUUCACCACCGCCGAGUUCUUGCCAAACCGCAACAACGGCACCAUGAAGUACCAUAUCUCGUUCCUCCACGGCUUCAACGUCCCGAUAGAAAUCUCCGAGCACCACGGCUACAACUGCACUCACUUGAGCUGCCCCUGUUUCGAGACCAUGGAGUCGUGCCCGAGCGAACUGGUUGUCAUGUCGGGUGAUAAGAAGGUCGGCUGCCAAAGUCCCUGUGAGAAGUUUGGAGAUGAAAGGCACUGCUGCCGAGGGAACUUCACAGGCUCGGCUUGCCAGGCCACCGAGUACUCGAGAUACUUCAAACAGUCGUGCAAGGACGCCACAACUUAUCCGGCUGAUCGAGAUAGUGUUCAAGUUUGCGCCAUGGCUGCCACUUACGUCGUUACAUUUUGUCCAGAGGACACAGUUCCUGUUCCCUCUGCUCGCCGCACCAUUCGUCGUGCUAUCAUAUAGAUAGACAGCCGACUG